CAUGUAAUGAAUUCAUUAAUCAGUUUAGGAGCUUAGGCAGCUUGUGUCAAAGCAGUAUAGGCCAUUUCUGAAUAUUCAGAUAGGCCGUUGUUUACUAGUGAUUUCGGCUUACAGCGAUAAACUCUAUCCUGUGGCGUCAGGGAAACUAUACCUGGGCGGCUUGUUCUGCUGGAUUCUCUCCUUCUUUCCCUUCUGUUCAUCAUGAGCUCCUUCAUUGACCAAUUCUCGCGUUCAAACUAGCCAAGUUUCAAUGUCUCGAACUCUAAACUCUACACAAGUGUCGGCCGCUUGCGGUCGUGGGCUAACUAGGUCCCACAUCUCCCCUAUCCCCCCUAUUUCUCCUCUCUCAUCUACCCCUACCCGCCAUCCUAUCCCUCCUUCUACUCCUAUCCGUCGUCCUCAUCCCUUCCGUGGUCGUCCAUAUGACGAAGUUGCCGCCGGCAGUAAUUCUGAUUCUCCUCUUAUGGGUUAUAUCCCAACCCCAGUUCAAGCUCCUGUCUUCUCUCCUAUUCGUUCCCCUUUCUCUCCUAGCGGCCCCUCCCCUUCUACCCCUUCCACCCCUCCUACCAAGUACUUCGUCUCGCCUAUCAAGGAUAGCGAGGGUGCCCGUGAAAGAAGACGGGAAUUACGCCCUAGCCCCUUAACGUCUCUUCUAGCUUCCAAAGGGAUUCAGCGCGAGGUUACCCCGAGGCCUCGGGCCCUGUGCCCCGAGUGCACUAAAGUCAAGAUGUUGCUUCCAGCCAGAUGGUGUGGCCACCAAGUUACUCCUUCUCGCAUGAAGGAUGGCUGGCGCGUUGUUCGGAUCAAUCCCAACCUCGGAAAAACGAAGGGCGUCAAACCUCACAAACCACGAAUAAGCAGACACACUGGUCUAGAAAAGCCUAAGCCAGUUGCUGCUGAUUCGUUGGAAAACAAAGUCGAAGAGCAGACGCCUGUCAUCAGCGAGCCAGUAGUCGAGCUCAAUACCCCUGAGCGCGUAGCUAGCUCGCUGGCUAUCGAUGAGCCGGUAGUCGAACCUAGUACGCCUAAGCGCAUUGCUAUCGAGCCUGAUGUCGAGCCGACGCCAACACCGAAACCAAGCACUGUUUGCUCGCCAUCUAUCCAAAUUCCGUUCAAGAACCCGUACCUCAACGACCAGCCUUUGCACUGGUCACCACGCAUGUUCAAGCCCGAGAUAGAUCGCCACAACUGGACCUGGUCCGAAUGGGACUCUCCAUCCCAGACGAUUGAGGAAGUCACGUACGAGAGUGAAGAUUGGCCUAUACACGAUCCAUUCGCUCGCUACCCUCCAGCUAUCAGACAACGACUCAAGGAUGUUCUCGCAAUGAAGCCUGAAUCGCCCAGUACCUCUUUGUCAGCAGAAGGGUUCUCAUCUAUUGAUUUCCACUUCAAUGGACUUGGGGUCGGGCGAGGUGAUUCCUCCGAAGAAAAGGACGAUGCAGAGUCUUCGGAAGAAGACUUGUCUAGCUGGGUCUUAAUCAACGAUCAUCCAUGGUCCCCUGCCUUACUCCAGAUGUGGAUCAAUGGCGAGAAGGAUCGAGAAAGAGACGCAGCCAGAGACGCAGCCAGGAGGGAACGAUUCCAGCUGAAUGACGAUACGUCGACCGUAUCAAGUAUCGAUACAGCUGAAUUGAUGGACGAAGAGUUUGGUCUUCGCAAUCAUCCCGAGUCCAACCAUUCCGCAUCAAAUCGCUCCGAAUCCAAUCAUUCUACAUCUGAUCGUUCCGGAUGCAACCAUUCCGACUCAGUCAACAUGUCUUCUUUGUUCCAACUUUACAUCGACCGCGACAAUGAUCGACAGAGAUUGGAGACGGAGGAUAAUGGUGCUCGUAAUAGUUCCCCCGAGAGCGUUAACGACCCUGUAUCGUCUCGUCCUGACUCGCCAACUCCUUCAGCGCCUCAUCCUGAUGCAUCCAUCCCUUCAACAUCUACUCCGGACGUGACCAUUCCUUCUGCGCCUCUUCAGGAUGUGUCCACUACUCCGGCAUCUGUUCAUGAUGAGCCCACUCUUCCGGAGUCUGCUCCAGAAGCGCCGACCACCGUUUCAGAGCUUACUCCAGAAGCGACUUUACCUACUGAGUCUGUUCCCGUGCCUGUUCCAGACGCGUCUGCUCUUCCGCAGACGGAGGAGGAGUUUUCAUCAUGGGUCGACCUAGACACUCGCAAAUGGACCGACGCCAGGUUCAGGUUUCAAACCAGCCAAGAAGAGGGUCGACGGAUGGGAUACUUCGAUAGUGGCAGCGAUGACUCCGAUUCCGACAGUUUCGGGUUUUCAUUCGAUAUUACAGGCCAUCUCCAAAAGAACUAUGGCAUCACAGCAGUUUCUCAAGCUCAAGAGCACUUCCGUUCUCUCCGAGAGUCUCAACAGCUUUCGGUAGAAGCGCGACCCGCUAUACCCACGUCGUCCGUUGUCUCUCACACUUUUACUUCUUCACGUCGGCUACCAACGGCUACUAUAAUGGAGCCAUCACGCCAAUUUUUGGAAGAGACAUCCCGAGCAUCCGGAUUCGGUUGGAAGUCACUUGCUUGCGUUGCUGUCACGGCUGCGACUGUAGGGGCUGGUCUCGCAUAUGCUUGGUUUUCCAAUUAG